AGCCUUGGAGGCCUUUUCGGCAGGUUUAUUUGUUUGCUGUGAGGAAAGUCCCCUGUGCUGAUGGGAAAUUAUAUCCAGCGGAGCCUGAGAGAGGCAGCAGCUUUCCUUACAAGGAGUUUGGCUGGGACUCAGCUGGCGAAAGUUGCAGGGAGCCUGAGCUCUCUUCCUCCCUGCCUCAUUCAUUCACGCGCGGGGCUGAGGUCUGGAGCCAGCAGCCGUGGGGACGGCGCAGCCGCCGAGUUCCCAAUGAUUCACUCGGCUUAUCGGUGCCUGGUGGCUGGCUUGUUCCUCUGGAAUCGGUGUGUGGGUGCAGCCUGGCCUUGCCUUGAAGAGGCGUGUGCGUGCGUGUGAGCGUGUGUGUAGGGGGCAAACCAUGGAUCUGUGGAUAUAAACAACAAAGCCUGCCCAGCAAACUCAUCCUCUCUGUGUCCCUCAUGAAAAUCCAGCUCUGAUUUCAAGGGUGGUCGGUCUCCUUGGGAUGCGCCCAUGCUUUCUCCUCGCUCUCUUUGAAAGGCAAGAGAAUGUCCUCGAUGUUUGGCAAGCCACGGGCCGCCCCCAGCACCACUGACCGUCACCUCCCCAGCCUGCUGCCUGAGUGCAACGUGGCGAUCUUAGGAUGCAGAGGAUCCGGCAAAUCAGCACUGACUGUGAAGUUUCUAACCAAGAGGUUUAUAAGUGAAUAUGAUCCCAAUUUGGAGGACACCUACACGUCAGAAGAAACUGUGGACCAGCAGCCAGUGCUGAUGAAAGUGAUGGACACGGCUGACCAGGACGUACCGGUGAACUGCGAACGCUAUCUCAACUGGGCCAAUGCCUUCAUGGUCGUCUACAGCAUUGACAACAAAAGGAGCUUUGAAGGUUGCCAGCAGUACCUGGAUACCAUUUCCCUCCACGCGAAAGGCAUUCAGCACGAUUAUCCCAUCCUCCUGCUGGGAAAUAAGCUGGAUUUGGAGCAAUACAGACAGGUCACCAAGGCCGAAGGGGUGUCUCUAGCUGCCAAGCACGGGUGCUUGUUUUACGAGGUCUCUGCCUGCCUGGAGUUCGAGGCUGUGCAGCACGUGUUCCAUGAAGCGGUGCGGGAAGUGAGGAGGGAGAUGGAGAGGAACCUGCAGGUCCGACCGCUGUUCAUCACAGAGGAGAGGCCCUUCCUCCACCUUGCUGCCCCGACUGCCAUGGCCUCCAAGCAUGGCCUGGCUAGCUGCACGCUCAACACUCUCUCCACGGUCAACUACAAAGAGAUUCCCUCCGUGGCACAAGCCAAGCUGGUCACGGUGAAGUCGUCACGGGCUCAAAGCAAGAGGAAAGCUCCCACGUUGACCUUACUGAAGGGCUUUAAAAUAUUUUAAGCCUUGGCCCCGCCAAGGGAUGGGAAAGGAGCAGCCACUGGAUUUCCUGGCAUCCCAAGGAACCUUCUCCAACUUCUGCAGUGGCAUAUUUGACAAUCUCCAUGGCAGCAGUGGCUUACAGACCAUCUUCCGUGAUUUAUUGACACUGCACUUGGCCUUAGAACUACAGCAAAGCACUUUGGUAGGGAUGCAGCGAACAGGCCGGGGAUUGAGUGCAGAAGAGUCUGAAACUUUGUCAUAACUUCCUUCUAAAUCACUGACUAUUUGUCCAGUCCCUGUAGCUCAGUAUUGACAUGAUAUUUGCACAUUAGUCCUAGCAUUUGCACUGGGUGUUCGUAGAGCUAUUUGUUAUAACAGAAGCAGGACAGAGAGAGGGAGAGAUGAAGCCUAUGUUCUAUUCGUCACGUCAGCGGGAUGAGAGGCUGAAUGUCCUCGCCCUGUGCAUAGGGUAAAUAAACUUGACAUUGUUCUCCCAAGAGGCCAGAUCCUCUGCUUAUACAUGUGUAUCACCACUUCUUGAAAAAUCAGCUCCCAAAAAUGCACACUAGCUGAUUAGACAAGGGGUGUGGCCCAUGUAAUAACUGGGUCCAGAGUAUCUAAACGCAGUGAUCAUGUAGAGGGCACAAACGUAAUGCCCAGUUUGGUACCCUGUAGUGGGAAUAUUUGGUGGAGCUGGUUGGAAUAUACGACUUCAUCAGAGCCAGGAUAGUUUAUGGAGACGUAUUGGUUUUCACCAAACUUUUGUCAGGAAGUUUUUAGAUAGAGAGAGUUCUAAGACAGCUAAGGCAUUCAGCUGACCUGCAGGAGAGCAGGUGAGUUGUCAGUGCACUGUCCUGGGAUGAGGGAGGCCGGGGUGAAAGUUCCUGCUUCUGGCUGGGUCGGAGAAUAACACAGCUGAUUCACAGCAGAGUUUUCUUCCCGGAUCACUUUGACUCUGGCAGACCAGGGACAUGAACCCAGGUCUCUCACAUCCCAGGGGCCUCUUUCUCUUUGCAACCUCGAAAGUUACCAUGACGUGGAAUUGCUGUACUCCGGACAAGCUGUAGUAUUUGGCUCAUGUUGUCAGUGCUGAAGAUCUGCAGGGUGAAGGCAUAAUGUCUGAUGAAUCUGGAUAGAAGGUGGUCAGAGAUACAUGUCGAAGAUAAGGUUGUUUGGGGUAUCUUGACUCUGAAUUUCCAUACGUUCCAACAUUAGGGUUUUUGUAGUGUUUUUAAAGGGUUUCUGUAACUGAAAAUUUCCUAGAUUUCCAGUGUUUGUUAAAAUGUCAGUGUUCUUCUAUGGUUCUGUCCCCUAAAAUGACUGAUAUGUAUUUACAGCCCUAACUGGAUUGGUCUGCAAAUCCAGAGUUUGUAUCCUGUGCGACUCCCAUUGAAAUCAAUGGAAAAACUCCCCUUCACUUCCAUGGGAGCAGGAACAGGUCCAUUGGUUAGAGAUCUACAAAUCCCAUUUCAGGUAACUUGCUACAGCGCGUGUGCAGAUGAAAGUCCUUAUUGCUAGUAUUGUGUUCAGCGAAAGCUAGCAAAAUGUUGACACAAAGUGCUCCAAGGCCCAUACAUUUCAUUUAAUGACCACAGAGCCCCCUCUAGUGGAAUGUUAGCACACUGCAGCUGGUAUGGACAACAGCAACUAGAAUCCAGAAACGUACAAAGGGUGGAGUCUAGUCUAUAAAUGUAUAUUGCCCAUCCAGUGACACAUUGAGUUAAAUAAUUCAAACAAAGCUGAUGGCAUGCAUAUCAAAUCAAAUCAGCAGUGUUUGCAUUUUGCUGUUUAAGCAAUAAGCAAGGUGAGGUUUUUAAAUGAAAUGAAAAAACAUUGCAAAUAUAAUUGCAGCAGAAUAAACACUUCCAGGUAUAUAAAAACAAUGCCUACGCACUGAAAUAACUUGUGCCAAAACCAUAUUUUGUCAUUUUUUUUUACAAUGCAAUGUUCCUUUUCAAAGACUUUGCCAAUGGAAUACUCCUUUAUUGGGUGGAUUUAAACAAAAUCGUUUGUGUAUAAGAUUGAUAUAUUUUCCAUUUUUCUUAAAUUAUUUGUGGGUGUCUCCAUUCCAUGCUCUCGGUGGAGAAUGCUCAAUAACACUCAACCAAGGGCAAAAUUCACAAUGACCAGGCCAUUUUCCUUAAGAAAGGUUCUGUACUUUAUUUUCCUUUUUGUACCUGGUUUGGGGACAGUAACUGCUCUGCUUCUGUAUGGAGUUGCACUUCUCUGCAGAGUAAAGUCAUGUAUCUAUAAUUACUCAAUUUCAAUCAACUACUUUGGAAAAUAUUUUAAUAAAGGCAACUUUUGACGAA